AUGUGCGACGAGGAGGAGACCACCGCCCUGGUGUGCGACAACGGCUCCGGGCUGGUGAAGGCCGGCUUCGCGGGCGACGACGCGCCCCGAGCGGUCUUCCCUUCCAUCGUGGGCCGCCCGCGCCACCAGGGAGUCAUGGUGGGUAUGGGUCAGAAGGAUUCCUACGUAGGUGAUGAGGCCCAGAGCAAGCGAGGUAUCCUGACUCUCAAGUACCCCAUUGAGCACGGCAUCAUCACCAACUGGGAUGACAUGGAGAAGAUCUGGCACCAUACCUUCUACAAUGAGCUCCGGGUGGCCCCUGAGGAACACCCCACUCUGCUCACUGAGGCCCCACUGAACCCCAAGGCCAACCGUGAGAAGAUGACCCAGAUCAUGUUUGAGACCUUCAAUGUCCCCGCCAUGUAUGUGGCCAUCCAGGCGGUGCUGUCCCUGUACGCUUCUGGCCGUACCACAGGCAUUGUUCUGGACUCUGGGGAUGGCGUAACCCACAACGUCCCCAUCUACGAGGGCUAUGCUUUGCCCCAUGCCAUCAUGCGUCUGGACCUAGCUGGUCGGGAUCUCACUGACUACCUCAUGAAGAUCCUCACUGAGCGCGGCUACUCCUUUGUCACCACCGCUGAACGUGAAAUUGUUCGCGAUAUUAAAGAGAAGCUGUGCUAUGUCGCUCUGGAUUUUGAGAAUGAGAUGGCUACGGCUGCUUCUUCCUCCUCCCUGGAGAAGAGCUAUGAACUGCCUGACGGCCAAGUCAUCACUAUUGGCAAUGAACGCUUCCGCUGCCCUGAGACGCUCUUCCAGCCCUCCUUCAUUGGUAUGGAAUCUGCUGGCAUCCAUGAAACAACUUACAACAGCAUCAUGAAAUGUGACAUUGAUAUUCGCAAGGACCUGUAUGCCAACAAUGUCUUAUCUGGAGGUACCACCAUGUACCCUGGUAUUGCUGAUCGCAUGCAAAAGGAAAUCACUGCCCUGGCUCCCAGCACCAUGAAGAUCAAGAUUAUUGCUCCCCCUGAGCGUAAGUACUCUGUCUGGAUUGGGGGCUCCAUCCUGGCCUCCUUAUCCACUUUCCAGCAGAUGUGGAUUAGCAAGCAAGAGUAUGAUGAGGCAGGACCAUCCAUUGUCCACCGCAAAUGCUUCUAA